ACCCUAAAAGGAAGGAAGGAAAGUUCACGCACGCCACCAUUUUAUUUCUUCUCUCUCAUUUAACGUUCGUCUUUCCGUAAGCCGAAUAAAGGAUCGCUAAUUGCAAAAAUGGUGGCCCAGAAAAAACAGAAAAAGGCUCAGGAGAGCAUCAACACUAGGCUAGCAUUAGUUAUGAAAUCUGGUAAAUACGUCCUUGGUUACAAGCAAACCCUGAAGUCUCUUCGCCAAGGCAAAGCCAAACUCGUCAUUAUUGCAAAUAAUACACCACCAUUGAGGAAAUCGGAGAUCGAAUACUAUGCCAUGUUAGCAAAGACUGGUGUACAUCACUAUACGGGAAACAAUAUCGAGUUAGGAACAGCGUGUGGAAAAUAUUUCCGCGUUUGUACUCUUUCGAUCACGGAUCCUGGCAAUUCCGACAUUAUCAAAUCUAUGCCAACUGGUGAUCAAGCGUAAUAUGUGUUUUUAAUUUAAUAAAUAAUUUAAAAAUCUAAA